CUGCCCCGCACGACUGAAGAGGAAACCAGGACUUGGAAACCAGCCAGACCCGAGCUCCUGGAAACCACGUGGGGAACCCGCCCCCCGGGUGUGGGCUCCCUUUGCGGUCCGCAGCCUUCGCCUCUUCCCGCAGCCUCCCGCUCGCCUAUAAAGGCGAGUCCCGGCUCCGGCGCGCACAGAGCGUCCCAGCCAAGGGAUCCUCCCCGGAGAGCCCAGGCUGCCGCCCGCGGAGCCGAGCCGAGCUCUGCCCAGGCCAACGGCCCCGCAGCUUCCCACACGCCCGGCGAGCAGAUCUGUGGUAAGAGCAACUGAGCCACCACCAAAGGCUGCCAUGGCUGGUAGACUCUCCAGAAGGGAAAUUGAAGAACUACAGGCCAUUAUUGAGAGUGGAAACCUCGCAGCAGCAGCAGCUAAACUUCAGGAGAAGCUGGAAUCAUUAGAAAACACCCCACUGGACAUCGCCAUCACGGGAGAGUCAGGUGCAGGGAAAUCGUCCUUCGUCAAUGCCAUCCUGGGCCUGAAUGAUGAUGAUAAAGGUGCUGCUGAGACUGGGGUGACACAAACAACGAUGGAGCCAAAGGCUUAUCGACACCCCAGGCUCCGAAAUGUAAAACUAUGGGACCUGCCAGGAAUUGGGACAGAGAGUUUUCAGGCAGACAAUUACCUUAAUCAGGUACAAUUCAACAACUACGACUUCUUUAUCAUUGUCACUGCUACACGCUUCACUUCCCACCACACCACCCUGGCCCGUGCCAUUCACAAGCUGGGGAAGAGGUUUUACUACGUGCGCUCCAAAGUGGAUGCUGACUUGAAGGCUGAACAAAGGAAAAGGAAUUUCAACGAGGUGAGAACCCUGCAGAAGAUCAGGGAGGACUGCGUAGAGAACCUGAGAAAAGCAGGUGAGGCCUCCCCGCGGGUUUUCCUGCUCUCCAACUGGGAACUGACUGAGUACGAUUUCCAGCUCCUGCAGGAGACCCUGGAGAAUGAGCUGGAUGAGCAGAAGAGACACGUUUUCAUCCUGGCCAUGCCCAACAUCUCGGCAAAGAUCCUGGAGAAGAAAAAGGCCGAACUGCAGGAGCAUAUUUGGGAAGUGGCCCUAAUAUCAUGUGCUAUUGGUGCUCUUCCUGUUCCAGGCCUCUCUCUCAUCUGUGAUGUAGCCAUCUUGGUUGUUCACAUGGAGCGUUACUGCCUGGCCUUUGGCUUGGAUGAAGAGUCUCUCACUAGACUGGCUCAGCAGGUUGACAAGCCUGUUGCAGAGCUGAAAUCUGCUAUCAAAAAGUCUCCGCUGGCCUCAGCCAUAACAAAAAAGUUUGUACUGACUGUGCUUUCCAGAUCUCUAUGUGGAGCACUGAUGGUGGUAGAAUUGAUUCUGAAUUUUGUACCAGGCCUUGGCUCCCUAGCAGGGGGAGGGAUUUCUUUUGUGACCACGCGCUACAUGCUGCGGAGCUUUCUGGAUGAGGCUGCAGAAGAUGCUCAGAAUAUUCUGACCAAGGCUCUUGAACCCAAAGCUGAAGAGUCCAUAUAACAGCACGAAGACCGCCUAUGCCUGCCCAUAGAAAACCAGACACACCUGUCCCAGCCCUGCCAGAAUCUCUAGACAUGGGUGAGCCCAGCAAAAACAAAACAACACCCUAAACUGACAAACAGCAGAGAGACCGACCAAAUCAGAUCAGACAGGAUUCUGGUGAAUCAAAAGCUUGUCCCUUCCACCAACACUAUGUCAGGUUAGAUAGUUUUGCCUGAAAAUAAACUAGCUGGGAUGGAGCUGGUCUCUAAACCAGUCUAUGAAUCCAGGAGAAAUGUUCUGGGAAGAAGACGAUGCUCCAGUAUCUCUGCUUGGCUCACUCUCCCUGGCCUCAUGUGAAACAGAAUCUGUAAACCCAACAGUUUCUAUGCAAAAGAAUAAAUGGACACAAAUCUGACAUCAGGAAUCGCAACAAUCAAAAACCAGUUGGAGAACACUUCAAUCUCCCUGGUCACUCAAUAACAGACUUAAAAGUGGCAAUUCUUUA